GUCUUCCUUGUAUCAAUUACACAAGUUAAGGAAGGAGAGCCCGUUUACCAAACGCGAGGGACACAUCUUUUAAAACAAAGAGUAAGCGAGAAAUAAUUCUUUCCUUUUUAGCUGCUGUUCAAACAUGGUCAGAAUUACUGCUAAACUGCUUCCCUUAGUGUUUGACUAUAUUUAAACUUUUCAUUCAUACAUCUCUAAGCCUAAUUUUUAAGUAACCGCAAGAACUCCAUUCGUGGCUGUGAAUUAGAUGAAAACGCUACAAAAGAAAAAAAUAAUGAAAUAUUUAGCUACCAGAAUACUUUCUUGAACAAAAUAAUGCAACUUUAAACUGCAUCGGUUUAAAUUUUGCCAUUUAUUGCAACAUAUCAAGAGCUAACUCGAAAAUCGAAAAAAAAGUGAAAAAUUUAAGUUGAAUUCCGCCUCCAUAUGGUAUUAAUAAAUUAUUUCGCGGGUUUGGAUUGUACCCCUUAACUCACCGAUUUAUUCCUGUUACGAAUAAUACUGGUUAGAAUCAAGGGCCCUAUCUCAGCUAAAGAAGCUUUCAUUAUUUAUUUACAGGGUAAAAAGAAUUUCCCGACACAUGCGUUUCUUUUUUUUUAAUAUUUCUUUUAAUGAAACUUAUUUUGCAUAACCAUGAUGAGCAAGGAGAGAAAGAAAUCGCUCGGACCUACGUUUUCUAUCUAUCGUGACUGAGGAACUUGGAAAGGCUAAAUUGUCUAGCAAAUCUAAGGCAUAACCUUCAUGAAAUUGGAAUCGAUAUACAGGAAAGAAGCUUAUCUCUGCUUUAUUCAAAUCUUGUCUAAUUUUCUAGAUAUUCGUCUAAUUUUCUAUAUUUUUUAUAUAAGAAAUUGCUACAGAAGGUAAGGAAACAAAAGAGUUGCGAUAAAUAUUGUGAAAUUAAUAAUAAUAAAAAUAGUGAUAAUGAUAAUAAUGAUAAUCUAAUGUGUCUUUAUUCAUUCGAUUACAAAAAAAACAUAUGAAAAGUUUCAAGACGAUAAAAUUAAUUAAAACAUUUGAAAAUAAACGCUUAUGGAUUGGAAAUUGUUAAUUUCUUGUCAAUUUUCAAUUUACUGUGCAUACCUUAAAUCGAUCGAUGAAAAAAAGGCUGUUUUUAAAACGUUCGGUACAUAUACAUUUCCGGAAUUUUCCACACUUAACAAGCUGUCUAUGACUAAUUAUAGCAUAUGAGUAAUAACUUUAUAAGACGGGAGAGAUUUUAUUUGGAAAGAUAGCCAGAAGUUAUUGUGCGACAACAAUUAAAGCAUUUUUGGCGACUGACUUCGAAAUCUGAAGGAUGUUAUCUUGUCCUCGAAGAGUUACUGGCUAUAAUUACUCAUAAUUUUAAAGGAAUUUUCAGUUGUUAUUCACACGCACUCAGAAAAGUAGUUCAGAUUAUUCAAACUUGAAGAAAAAGAGCUAUAACUUGAUAUGGAGGUCCAAAGGAAGGUCAUGUAAACAGUAGAAAGAAAAACCGUGGGAAAGUUUAUUUUGAUAACAAGGUUGUUGAGUGUAGAAGUCAAACAACUCAAUUUGAUCCUCGGUCUUUAAGCGUAGCUUAUAUUGUUAUGUGUUGUACAUUCAUCUUCGUUAUGGCUUCGGCGGUCAAAAUGUGUUAUAUCGGUCAAAAGACCGUUCAAAACUUCUCCUGAGUUAAAAAGGAUGUGAUGACUUUCUUUCGUGCAACUUUGCAUUCCCCGCCAACUAAAUCAUUUGAUAGGCUUUUUCUCUCACAUUCACUCACGCUUCUUGAUUGCUGGUGUUGUGUUUAUUCGAAAACACUCGAUUAUUAUUGUUAAAAGGAACGGGGGAACCCAAAGUAAACGAAAGACCAAUCGAUAUGACGUUUUGUAAGUUGAAGGAAAGUUACGACAAGGAUCCAUUUACCCCAAGCUACAAAUUCGACGAUCUUGACAAGCUCAUAAAAUUGCUAAGUUGCUGAAAAUUUCCAACGCACAGAACGCUAUUUGCCUCAUAGCACUUGAAUACUUUAAAACUUUAAUUAAAAUUGUAAUACUGUGCACUCAUUUCAUUUGACAGGUCUGUCACAAAGAUACGCGGUUGAGUCUUCGACGAAAGGAAAAUAUUUCGCAGUGCGUUUGAACGAAUUAAGAAGUUCAAACUUCGAAGUUUGAAUGUCAACAAAGCCAAAAUGGAGCUCGAAAUUUCAGGAGUUAGAAGGCGAUCAACACGACGCCGAGAAGUCUUCAUUGUCGUUCUUUUGGUUGUUCUUUUCUCAGUUGCGGCAUUUCUUAUUGGGUAUUUCGCAAUGAAGGCUGAGGAAAAUACUGUAAUAUGCCGUCCAGGCGAUGGAAGAGAUGGAAAUGGUAAGAAACCGAAGGAAAAGUACCAUGACAUGUUUCAAGAGGAAGUAAAGGCCAAAAAUAUCGAAGAAAAUCUCAGGUGAGAGCUUUCCUUAAUUCUCUUUACCUAUGCUAAAGAUUUAAGAAACAAAAGGGAUCUACUCGCAUUGUUUAUCGCCUUGAUGAUGAUAUCAUGGAGGGCUCCACAAACUUGUUUGACAAAAUACAUAUCUGGGUGAUAGGAAACAUAAAGCGAUUAAAAAAUAAAUGUUUAAGCAUAACUUCACACCAAUUUUUAUGAUUCACCUAAACACUGCAACAGCUGUCUUUAAAGGCAAUCGUAAGUAUAGUGAUUUUUUUUUCAUGUUUUGUUUAAUAAUCCUCUUGAGGGUACCAACUGAAAUAUCUAUUCGAUUACAAGCCGACAUGAUUUUUGUCUUCCAAAUAAUGUUAUUUUGGGGAACUAAGGUCAAACACCACCCUUAAACCAUGUAUUUCGCAACUAGAAAAGGGAAUACAGAGCCAUUGAAUAACGUGUUUUCUUUUCAAAUAAUAAAUAUUAUUCUUUUGAUUUAGUUUGAUAAAACAUAAACUAAAUGCUUCGCAAGCUAUGUUAACGAGUCUGACUUAGAUAUUGAAAGGUAAAUCGAGUUAUUUUCGUUCACAACGAAUUGAUGCCAACCAAAACUAAAAGUUGUAAAGGAUAAGGAACUUAAAACUUGAAUUGUCUUCAACGGACAAUUUUCAGUGUUAGUCAAGAUCAAUUCCGUGCAGUAUUUUUGACGGUAAGCGGAUCUGUGAACGAGUUACGACUUUUCGUAGCUUACCCCUUAGGUGCGCAUUCUCUGUUUCAAUGCAAAUACAGACUACAUUCGCGCUGUGCCGGUUAAAUUUGAAAACGGCGUUUUUAAUUUUAUCUGCAUCAAAAGAUCUGCGUCCAUACAGGAAAAGAUGAAAAUAUUUGCUUUCACAUUACAACGACGAGCCACGUGAUAAACGAUUGAAUGCACCUUUGAGCAUGCGUGCUCUCCUCGCCGGUUGUGAGCGUCGUUUUGUAAAUUGUUGUAAAAUCUGUUAGUUGUACGGUUGCAGCAGAAAAUUCUUAAAUAAUCUUAAUAAAAUGUUGCAAAAAGAUCGAAAGUAGAACACUGUUGAUAAGAUGAACUAUCCUAUUCACGUGAUGGAGCGGAAUUUUUAAAACAGACGAAAAUAGAGCUAAAACAGACGAAAAUAAAGCUUCAGCAAUUACGUUGUCAUUUGAGGAGGCCUCGGGCUAAAAGAUCGGUCAAGUGCGUGACGUCAGUGUUUUCGUUUUCGUUUACAAAGAUUUCUCGAGAAGAUUUCAAAUUUAUCCAUUCUAGCCGGUGUUUUCAAAACGCUUCGUUUUCGGCGACAGAUUCCCCCGGUGUUUUGUGGAUGGAAGGCCUAACCCAGUUAACCUUUUCACUCCCAUAACCUGAUUGUUGAUUCUCCCCUCUAGCUGCUACACAUUUCCUUGUGAAGCAGCUGGGAGAAUUUGGUGUUAGAUCAAGAUGACAACUUUAACCUAAUAAGUUUGAGUAUUCUCAUUUCCUUCUUGCUGGAUAAUGUGUAGAUAUUAUAAUCAACCCUUUAACUUCCACAAGUGAUUAACAAGUAUCUUUUCCGCAUAAUGUCUAAACAAAAUCCAGCAAACAGGUCACGAGAAUGUUCAUACUUAUCAGAUCAAAGUUAUUACCUCGAUCUGACACCAAAUUCUCGUUAACUUAGUUACAAGGAAAUGUGCAGCAGCUAGAAGGGAGAAUUAAUAAUCAGAUAUUGGGGGUAAAAGGGUUAAUAGCACGUUCAGCACUGUUAUCGUUCAUUUGAUCCACCGCAAUACAGGUUCAUCACGUCAGAGCCCCAUAUGGCUGGAUCGCAGCGUCAACGAGACCUUGCAGAACACAUAGCGGAUAAAUGGAGGAUAUAUGAGUUCGACGAAGUGGAAAUGCCGGAGUACGAAGUGCCACUCUCUCUCCCUCAAGAAGACAAUCCAAACAAAGUAGAGGUUGUCGUCAACGGAACUAAAAAGCUGACAAUUCUGGGAAAAUUAAAGGCAAGCGACUAUUCCAAUUGGUGCAUUAUCGUAAUAAAAUACUCUGAUGGGAUAUCAUCCUCUCUCGGUAUGAUGCAUUGGCAUUCAGAGCCUUUUUUUUUCCGUGAAUGGUUAAAAGAGCAAAGCAAUAAAGGAAAGAAAAUUCAACUAUAGCAAACAAAAUCAGGACGGAAUGUCAAACACGGCCACAUCUAAGCACUUAGGAAGAAAUAAACACCUUCCUCGUACAUAGUGAUUUAUAAUGUUAGGAUAAUGCUUAUAGAAAACGCACCUAAAACUUAUUAUUCCAUGGACGUUAAGGCUUGCGUUUCCAAGAAAUGAUUUAUUGAACGCAAUGAAACAAAUAAUUAGUUUUUGUCCAUAUCGUGACAUAUUAUAUUUUUGAAUUUUAUAUUUAUUCUUUUCUUUCCGUUGUACCAUUUUGCAGGCAAAACCUGAGCCUAAAGCCAAGAAAGCAUUUGACUAUUUUCCGUAUUUUGCAUACUCACCAAACGGAACUGUAGAGGGUGAACUCGUUUUUAUAAAGGCAGGAUCCGAGGAUGACAUCAAUCUUCUCUUAAAUCGCACUAAUGUGUCUCUAACAAACAAAAUUGUCAUUUUAAGAGGGAUCCACGCACGGGUAAGUACACGCAAACUUUAUUUCAAGCAAGCAGUCAUGGUGCACGAUCCAAUGUAGUUAAACGAUAAAUCAAAUUAAAAAAAUAUAUAUAUUCCAAAAAGGAAAUUAUUUCCUUUUCUUCCCCUUCUGGAACAAAUAAUUAUGACCCGUCAAGCUCAUCUCCUGAUGAGACCUAUAACUAAUAAAAGUACUUCAAGCUUUGUUUAAAAAAUUUAUUAAAACGAAACAAGCAAAGUUUUUGCGCGCUGGAUCAAAUUGAAUCAAAAGGUAAUAUCGAGUCACUGCCAUUUUGUACUUCUUUUCGUGAUUGGAGAACCUGUAUGGUUUCACGCGGAUUUCGGGUUAAAGGUGUUACAUAACAUAUGAACAUUGAUUAGCUAUGUAGUUUGAGACGCAGUCAGCUGAAACAGCCCCCCUCCUCCCCCUCCCUGUCUAAAAUCAAUAAAAUCCAAAGGGUGAAGGGACAGAGAGGGAGACCAUUUAAAGAGCUGGAGGGAAAUAGAACACAUAAUCCGGCCUGAAGGGCGAGGCAGAUAGAACGCCCAAAGAAGGACGAAUGUUCUGAAAAGGAGCGUCACCUUUUAUCAUUAAUCCAUAAUAGGAUAAUUUAAGCUAAAUGGUGGAUGAUGAACGAUGCCGCUGUUGUUGUUCAUUUAAAUAUAUCGUCCAUUUUAUGCGUUACACUCACUUUUGUUGAUAAAUAUAGGUACUUCGUAGGCUGCGAAAUCAAUGUUAAGUUAACAUGGACUGAUUGUUCUGAAAAUUCUUCCCUUCCAUUACAGACUGACUUGGCAGUCAGCCUCGGCGCUAUUGGAGCACUGGUAUUUCCAGAUGUGCACUCAUCCAGACCAAAUGAUACCUAUCCGUACACGUCAAAAAUCUCUGGCGAUGCUGUGUUUGAGAAACCAGAGGCCGCAAACUUUGGUGACCCACUGACUCGCGGAAUACCCUCUAUUGAAGGAAUGUACCGAGGACCCAAAAAUUUAACGGCCUUCGCAGCAAUACCAACUCAACCAAUCUCUUACAAUGAUGCACUAAAGUUGCUUAGUCACCUUCAAAGUAAGAGAAGAAUUUGACUUCGAACGCGAAAAAAUAGUAAAAGAGAAAACUUAUCAUCCUCAAUUUUUUUAACUUUCCAACUGCAUCACACGUACCACUGAAUUUCUGUUUUCCAAAAACAUUUAGGAGAAACUUUUUCUCUAAUCAUGUAUCACUGCUAUUUUUUAUGUCGUUUAAUUCUUGCUUUUGUUUGGAGAAAUGGAAUCGAGCCCAAAACAUUCCUUUUCGUAUUUGCAGGCAACUUGGUUCCAGAAGAAUGGCGAAAAGAACUUAACGUCCCUUUUAGGAAUGCCACAAGUCUCAACAGCUCUGACACCAUUGUGCGACUUUCUGUCAAUAACGUGGUAAAAAUAAAAUCCAUCUAUAAUGUGAUAGGAACAGUUUAUGGUCGUGAGGAACCAGACAGAUACGUAUUAAUCGGCAGUCAUCGAGAUGCUUGGUUUUUGGGAGCCGCUGACCCUUCAAGUGGCACCGCAGCUCUAUUGGAAAUAUCGCGCGCUGUCAGCGAGAUGCUUCGAGAAGGAUGGAGACCUCGACGAACCUUGAAGUUCUGUAGUUGGGGGGCGGAGGAGUUUGGCCUGAUUGGCUCAAUAGAAUGGGUAGAACAAAAUCAGAAGAUUCUAUCCGAUAGAGCCGUUGUUUAUUUGAACACAGACGUGGCCGUUGGUGGCAAUUACGUAUUGGCAACCCAAAAUUGCCCCCUUCUCUCGACAGCCAUAUUUGAUUGGGCCAAGAAAGUCAAAGAUCCCAACGCACAUGGGAAUAAAACAAGCCUGUAUGACAUAAUGGUGGAAAGAAUGCCUUCACCCAACAAUCCCAGCGAGCCCUAUGUUGUACCUUACUUUUUUCUCAGUGAUUACUUCCCUUUUUAUAUGUAUCUGGGGAUACCUUCCGCCGAUUUCAGCUAUUUCUAUGGGCCUGGAAUGGAACUGUACCCUGUCUAUCACACGCAAGAAGACAACUUUUACUGGAUGAAAACAUUCAUCGAUCCUAAAUUUGAGUUUCACGAGGCUGUUACAAAAUUUGAAGGAGGCUUGCUGAUAGAACUGUCAGACAUCUCUAUUUUACCAUUCGAUGUCAAGCGUUACGCAAAUGCCCUACUAGCUGGUUAUAAAGCGCUUCUCACAAAAAUGAAUAACGAAACACUUCCGACUGGGUACAUUAAAAAAGCAGUUGACGACUUCAUGAAAGCCAGCCAAGCUUUCGAACGAUCAAAGUCAAAACUGAACUCGGAUACUGCUGACCCAUUGCAAGUGCGCAUGGUCAAUGAUCAGAUGGUACAAAUCGAGAAGGCAUUUAUCAGUUCUUCAAUGCUCUCAGAUAUUUUUCUUUCCAGACAUUUGUUUUUGAGCACAAACUCACCCUUCCCUGGGGUUUUGAAGGCAUUAAAGAAAGGAAGCAUAAAUGAAGUAAAAAUGCAGAUGACACUGGUAGUAGAGGCGAUAUCUUCUGCGGCAAAAAUAUUACAGCCACUGCCGUCUGCCUAAGAAAGCAGAGACAGAGCAUCGUAAUGCGAAAAUUUUAUGGUUACACGACAAGUUAUCGAUGCUGUUUAAGUUAGACCCUAGCUUUUUUUUUUCUCAAUGGGCUUCAUCUUAGUUAUCAUAUUUUUUUUUUAAAGUGGAGGAAUUUUUAAUAUUUUGCUUCGUC